AUGAUGUCUUUGUCGCUGUCCCUGCUGCUGUUGCUGUGCCACUCUGCAUUCCGGGCCCAUGGCUUCAACCUGGAGACGAGGCUGCCAAUCGUUAAACGCUCCCUGGAAGUAUCAUACUUCGGAUAUUCUGUGGCCGGACACCAGUCGUACGACGAGAUAAAGUUACAAGUCGAAAACAGUUGGAUUUUGGUUGGGGCUCCAAUAGGUAAAAACCUACAACCGAAAACUAACCAGUCUGGUGCUUUAUACAAAUGUCCAUUGACAUCAUAUCAUGAUGAUUGCAUACAGGUUGUUACUGAUGGAAAGCGAAACCCAAAUAAUGGACUUUAUGACCCUUCUAUUGAUUCUACAAAACUCUCUCCACCCAAGAAUGAUGAAAUUAAAGAUGGACAAUGGUUAGGCGUAAUUGUACGAAGUCAAGGACGUGGUGGAAAAGUCAUGGUGUGUGCACAUCGAUACAUAAAUCGAGGUGAUGAAUAUCAAUGGGGACAAGGCCUUUGCUAUACUUUGACACAAAACUUAGAUUUUGUUGAAUGUUGGGAGCCAUGUAAAGGUCGAGAGACAGAAAAGGGCCAAGCACAAUUUGGUUAUUGUCAAGCUGGCACAAGUGGAAUGUUGUUAAACGAUGAUACGGUAGUUAUUGGCUCACCUGGCUCAUAUAAUUGGAAAGGCAAUGUAUUUAUGGUCAGUGUAUCGGAUGACUUCUUACAUAGAGAUAAAACCUGCUACUACAGUCCGGUUCGAGAUAAUGAAGUAUCACCUGUUGAUAGCCAUAGUUACUUAGGUAUGUCUACUACCGCUGACUAUUUCUUCGGUAAACCUAAUAUGGCUUAUGCAGCUGGCGCUCCGCGUGCUAAUGGAACAGGCCAGGUUGUACUAUUUACUAAAUUAAGACCGUCUGUAAAUUUGAUGGAUGCAAGACUUAUUAUUAGUGGAGAACAAUUUGCUUCCAGUUUUGGUUAUGAAUUAGCAACUGCUGACCUCAAUGGAGACAAGGAACCAGAUUUAAUAGUUGGUGCACCAUUUUAUUUCACAAAAGAUACUGGUGGAGCUGUUUAUGUGUAUAUGAACAAUAAAGAUCAUUGUUUUAAUUGCAAAUCACCAAUUAAACUUGUCGGGAAACCAGAAUCCAGAUUCGGAUUUGCAAUAACUAAUCUAGGAGAUUUGAACAAAGAUGGGUAUGAUGACAUAGCCAUUGGUGCACCGUAUGAAGGAAAUGGAGUUAUUUACAUUUAUCAAGGUUCAGAUCAUGGAAUCAUUGUGGAACCUUCACAAAUAAUUAGAGCAGAAGAUUUAGUGGUAGAGAAUCUUAAAAUACGAACACUAGGAUAUUCAUUAAGUGGUAAUGGAGUGGAUUUAGAUCAAAAUGGUUACCCAGAUUUAAUAUCUGGCGCUUAUGAGAGUGAUAUGGCUAUAUUGAUUAGAGCUCGGCCAAUUGUAGACAUAAAAAUUGAGGUUCGACCUCCAGAAAAACUUCGGAACAUCGAUCCCACUAAAACGGGUUGUUCAGCUAACAUAACAUCUUCAGUUACAUGUUUUACAUUCGAAACUUGUUGUACGUUGGAAUCUGUGAACAAAGCUAGGUCUGAUGGAGAAUGGGGCAUUCAGAUGCGUUAUAGAUUGGAAGCUGAAACGUUUCAAGAAGGUCGUAAGUUUUCUAGGGUUUGGUUUGGACCAGAUCAUACGACAAAGUCUCAAACAAUUGAAAAUAUUGUCUCUGUGGAUCACAACAAAAAAGAAACUUGCCAACAACACACAGCUUACAUAAAGGAGAAUACAAUGGAUAUUCAGUCUCCAAUUGCCAUGCAUAUUUCAUAUUCACUGGUACAAAAUGAUGUUCCUGUUCUAAGACCUGGCGAUCCAGUACCUUCCUUAGAUGAUUUGCCGGUAUUGAAUCAAAACCAAGCGGAAAAAACAUUUUUAGCCACAUUCCAUAAAGACUGUGGGAAUAAUGAUCGAUGUGAAAGUAGAGUACAUGUGAAUGCUGAAUUGUUGUUACCUAGAACAUCAGAUGAUAAAUAUGAAUUAGUAAUAGGUCAGCAUGUUGAAAUACUUUUAAAUACAACUGCAUACAACCAGGGAGAGUCUGCAUAUGAAAGUAGAAUGUUUGUUGUUCACCCUUAUUCGUUUAAUUACAUAGGCACUGUGAAAUUAGAAGACACAAAGCAAGUGGAUUGUAAUCCAUUCAACAAAACAUUAGUUGUUUGUGCUCUUGGAAAUCCAUUUAAGAAAUCUGCGAUGUCUAAUAUCCAAUUGCGCUUUGAUCCAAAAGAACUGAAUGAUUCUGAAAAUCAAUUGGAGUUUAUUGUGAUUUCUAACUCUACAUCACAUGAAGUUGAACCCCAGAGUCCAUUAAUUUUGCGUGCCAAUAUUAUUAAACAAGCUGAAUUAUCAUUGAAGGGGUUAGCACGUCCAGAACAAGUGUUUUAUGGUGGUCAAGUGAAAGACGAUAAGUCUGUCAAGUAUCGUGAUGAAGUUGGUUCCAGAGUAUUGCACACUUAUCAAGUGUUUAAUUCCGGUCCCUGGAAAGUGUCUAACCUAAUAGUAAAUAUUGAAUGGCCCUAUCAGGUAGCCAGUCACUUUACUCCAAGAAAAUGGUUGCUGUACCUGGAUGAAAAACCGUAUGUUGAAGCAAUAAGUGGUGGAGAGUGUUUUAUGAUUCAAGGACAAGUCAAUCCAUUAGGUUUACCAGUACGCCCAGGAGUUCAAGAGAUGCCCCUUGAUAGUAUUAGUACAGAGAACAUUGCUUUGAACAGUCACAUGAUGUCAAAAACCACAACCAGCAUGAUAAAAAAUAGUAGUUCUGGUUAUUAUCAGAACAGAGUACGUAGGGAACAAAAUUAUGUGGUUGGUGCAGAAACAUAUGUUAAAGAUAAUGGAAGGCAUAUAGAAGUUGUCAAAAUGAACUGUCUAGUGGGAAAUGCCAAGUGUUUCAAGUUUCAUUGUCUUAUAAACAACUUACAAAAAAAUCAAGAGGCAACAAUAUUUAUUAAAGCUAGACUGUGGAAUUCUACUCUACUAGAACUGUUUCCUAAAGUUGAUUCUGUUCAAAUUGUAUCGAGAGCAAAAAUACAUUUACCCCCUGAAUUAUCAUUGCAACAAAAUCGCUCAGACGAUGAGUUUGAAGUGGAGACAACUGCUAAAGUGGAUUUAUUGCAACAAGAAAAUGAACCAAUUCCGUGGUGGAUAAUUAUUCUAGCUAUAUUGGUGGGGCUUUUGUUGUUAAUCUUGUUGACCUUGCUACUAUGGAAAUUAGGUUUUUUCAAGAGACGAAGACCCGAUCCUACACUUAGUGGUAACAUUGAAAAACACAGGGUAGAUGAUAAUUACUAUGACUAUUAG